GACCCUCUUUGUAAGUUAGUGAUUUGCUUGUGCAUUGAUAGAGAAAAAUGUCUGAUUGAUGCUAACAUUAAGGGUUACAGUUAGUUUUAGCAGGUAUUUAAAUCACUAUCAAGGAAAUGUGUAUAAUAGAAAUGGUUCGACACCCAAAGCAUAAAGUAGGGGUAAUUUUAUCAGUGUGAGCGGAUUGACAAAAACAAAGUUAAUAGUGCAGCUAAAGUGAUAAUCUGUGUACAACCUGCCUGGCCGCCCAUUUCUACAUUGUGGAUUAUCUUCUUGUAGACCGUUAUUAAAAGGGGUUGUCAGUGUUUAAAGGAGAAAGAACAACAAUACUGAGGGGGUGUAACCACUUAGUGACCAAGAAACAGUGUAAUGUCUAUCUGAACUAGAACUUUAAACAAAGGAUGUUAAAAUCACUAUACACGAUGUUAAUAACCAUAUUUUCCACCUUAUUAUAUUGGAGUAUUAGUGUAGCUUCAGAACCAAUAACUCUACCAGCAUUUGCCAAGUUAAAGGCCAACUAUCCUGGAUAUAAACACCAUGGAGGACCAUUAAACAAUCAUCAUUUAAUUCGUAUGAUAGGAUGUGAAAGUAACUUAUUAUUACAUGAUACAAGUGCUCUUCGCUUGUCCCGUGCACUUAAUAAAGUUGGAGAACCCCAUUCUCUUGGCAAAGAAUUGAUAAGACUUUCUAAAUUUGGUCGUGAUAGUGUGCCCGGUAAAGAUGGACUACAGUACAUUUAUCAUCCGAUCGCUUACGGACCUUACUUAGCGGAUAAAUACGGCUAUCCAAGUGUAUCCAAGUUACACCAGACUGACCCUGUGGAUACUAAGAAAAAUUUCUGGGGUAAACAGGGCAUUCUACGAGUCAUCACAUACACGAAGAAACAGAAUCGACCAAAAGGUCAUGUUGCAUUGUGGGAUUGUAACCAGUUUCAUCAAUCGAAAGACUGGAUUGCAGGACGUAGUCUAAUUACUGUAGAAUUCUGGGAAGCACCAGAUUCUAAUUGUGAACACAUGGCAGACACAGAACCAGUAGAUCAUGAAAUAGAGAAAAGUUUACCAACACUUCCUCCACAAUACAAAAAGUUAUUUCGACACAAUUCUUGGCGUAAACAUUUCUUAAAGAAAAUCAACUUCCAAAUCAAGAACAGAUAACUUUGUUUAAGUCUGUUUAGUGACUUGUAUAAUUUAAACCAAAGUUCAAAAACAUUUGCCAAAAAUAAAGUGCUAAAACAUUUUGUAAUAAUAAUUCAAUCUUUGGAAGUCAUUAACAACAUCCAGAUGUGUGUGGUGGUGUGUGCGAUAAAUGGUUUUAAGAAGAUGUGAUUUACUAGAUAUUAUGUGUUAUUCUUACAUCUAUAAAUGAUGUGAUAAGUACAUGUUAUUCUUACAUGUAAUAAUUAUAUCAUUAGCAUUAUUUCUUUACUUCCUCUAUGUGCAUCACAUAAGAUGGAAAUAAAAUGAACAUUUUUAAAUUGUGAGUUAAGAAUUUUUUCAGCAUUGCUAACUCACAGUGUGCCAUUUACUGCUGAUAUAAAACUAUACAGGAAUAUAUAUUUACAUCCACAAAUUGUGCCUUAAAUAAUACCAUUGUAAUAUAGAUGAUUGCUCAAUUAAAUAUCCAUGGAGCAAACAGUAUCGUUGACAUUUCAUCCACAUACUGUUGUAAUUAUAAUGGCCAAGCCAUACUUUUUAUAUUUUAUGUUUUUAAUAUGCUGCCAUUUAAGAAAUGAUUAUAAUCAAAAUGGUGCUACCAUUAUGUCAACAACAUCUUCAACUAUUACCCAUAAAUUACAGCUAAAAUCAUUUUAGUUUAUCUGUACCACUAAAUACUGACUUCUAAUCUUCAUUUAUAGACACUCAUUCAGUUCUCCAAUCUCUUUUAUUUUUUGAAGAUAUUGUUGACAAAAACAGCCUUGAAUGUAUGAAAGAAUACCUGUGACUUAAUAUUUUCUGUAAAUAUAUGAUUUGAAUUUUAACUGCCAAAAAUUUGCAAUUUUGUUUUGUGAAUCAUUGUCAUGAAAAUACAAAUUUUAAAAGGGCCUAAGAAAUUAUUUUAUAAAAUGAGCACCUUUGAAAGCUUGCUUAUUUCUAUGAUUGUCAAAAUAUUAAAAUGGCCUAUCAAUCAUCUGAUUGUCGAUUAAUGAAAUUUUUAUGUUGUGUUUAACUUGUAUGUAUGUUUGUGUUUUUGAUUUGUACAAAUUUUAAUUUAAUUGCAUGUAAUUAUUUAAUGAGUUUUUGUUUUAAUUAUUUGAUAAUUGUUUUGUUCAAAUAUUUUGUAUAUAGAUCAAUAAAUCUAGAUGUUUUUAAACGCUACAACUGACUGCUUAGUUUUAGAACCAUCCACUGGGACUGUUUCAAAAUAACUAAUAUUGCUCACCAUCAUAUGUACAUGUAGCACUCAUAUUAACCAAUACUUGUGUUUACAAUGUCCCACAUAAAACUAUCAUAAUUUUCCAAAUAAUGUCAGACAAUGAUCUCUAUAAUUUUUUGCAGUUAUGUUACAUUCUUAAUAGUACAUGUUAAAUAACAAUGUGUUGGUUUUUUUGUACAUGUAUAUAUAUUGUACAGUAAUUUAGCAAUUAAACAAUAACUUUGUUUGCAUAAUAUUCCACUAAUUCUGCUUCUAAUAAUAAUUUUUGCAUCUUUAUUGGUAAUUAAAUAAGUGUAUGGUUCAAUUUUCUGAUAUUAACAAACACAAAACAGUAAUAUAGAAAAACACUGCUGAAAGCACUCACAUCAGUAGUGUAGCCAAGAUUUGUAAAACGCAAGGGGCCGCUCAGUCCAUGCAAAUCUGAUUAACAUUGUCUGGAGGCUGUAUACUAUUUUUGUAGGAUUCUCGAGUUCCUAGCUAAGUCAUUGUACCCGAAUUGUCAUUAUUUGGUUUGUGAAUAAACAUGUCUCUCUGAAUAUAGAUUUGAGUUGAAAGUGUAAUCAAUGAAGUGGAAUAACUUUCUACAGCUUCAUCUGUGAGGAUUUAAGAAGUAUAUAAAUAUUGAUAACCUGGACAUCAAUUUGAUGUGGGUUUUAACUAAUCCUAAGUCAAUUCCACCUCUCAAACUUUAUUUGAAAUAGAGUAUUAUUUGAGCAUUUCAAUUCAUACUUCCUGUGAACCAGUUAUUGCCUUGUUUCCUGGUUAACGAACAGAUAAAAGAUCAAUUUCUUGCUUAACUUAAAACAAUAAUAUAGAUUGUAACAUUGGCUUUCUCUUUUGGGGGCAAAAAAAUUCAGUCUAUGUAUACCAACUUAGUAAUAUUUUAAUCCCUAUUUCUGUAUGAUUCUAGAUUAAAAGCAUUAUUUUAGAAUGUUUAUUAUAGCUAAAUGUUCAGUUAGAAACUGAAUCAUGUCCUGUAAAUGAAAUGGGGUUUAACAUCCUACGGUUCUGCUCCAAGGUUCAUGUCCUGUAUGAGCAGCACUGUACAUAAAAUGCUAGUCAGUAGUUUACAAUUCUGUAAUUAUCACAAACAAAUUCAUCACCCAAGUAAAAUUAGAUUAUUGAUCAGUUUUUAAUAAUCCUCUCAUUUCUGUCUAGUACACAAAUACAUGUAAAACAAUUAGUGUUCAGUGUGUUUGUAUUCAAAUCGUUUAUAAAUGGCAUUAAAUAACUGAUAUACAUACGAUUUGUAUUCCAAUAGUUUACCUCUGAGUUCAAUAUCAGUUUUACAUGAUAUCUAACAAAUCAUAGUAAUUUGGUAAAUUUAUGAUAAACACAUUGAUAUUAGUAGAAGUUUAUUAUCUACAUUAUGUUGUAUAUAAUUCACCUGCUUCAAUCACAAAAAGAAGAAAUACAACAUUUUUACUUUUUAAGCUCAGUUUUAAGUGCCUUAUUUACAUGUUAAGAUGCAGAAUUAAUAUAUGAGCAUUCCAUUCUUUUGAAAAUAUUUGUCAAUUUGGAUGUCAUAAAAACUGUGUAAUUAAAAACAUCUUUGUAUAUUUUUUUAUAUAUCUGCAGUAUUCAUGUUUGAUAUCUAUGAUUCCAAAUAAAAGUACAAAAUAUU